ACUGAUUUAUUAUCACACAAUAAUAAUGAAGUGUGGUCGGCCAAAGACAUUUCUACUCCUUCUUGUAAUGCUUCAAUUGCAUUCUACGAUCCAUUCAAAAUCUGUCGUUAACACGCUUCCUGGAUUUUCUGGUCGACUUCCUUUCAGAUUUGAAACUGGUUAUGUGGGCGUAGGCGAAAAGGAAGAAAUACAGAUUUUCUAUUACUUUUUUGAAUCUGAAAGAAAUCCAGAACAAGAUCCGCUUAUAAUUUAUCUUUCGGGAGGUCCUGGUGCUGCUGCAAUCUACACUUGCUUUUAUCAAAUCGGCCCCCUUAGUCUAAAGUUUGGAAAUUCUUUUGAAGACACAACAUUGACAUUGAAUCCAAAUUCAUGGACAAAGAUGGCUAAUGUCAUAUUCUUUGAUAUACCUGUUGGCACCGGAUUUUCGUAUGCCACAACUGAGGAAGCAUGGAUCAGCAAUGAUAGCAUUGUAGCCAACCAAGUUAUUGAUUUCCUUAAGAAGUUUUAUAGCGACCAUCCUAAGUUUAUGAAAAAUCCCUUAUACAUAGCGGGCAUUUCUUACAUGGGACUUAUCACUCCUAUCGUCACCUUAGAAUUGUUCAAUGCUAAUGAACGUGGUGAUCAACCGUCAAUAAAUAUUCAAGGUUAUAUUCUUUGUAGUCCUCUUACUGAUAAGUUCAUGGACUUUAAUUCUAGAAUUGAAUAUGCUCAUCGUAUGGCCAUUAUAUCAGACGAUAUUUAUUCGUCUGCUAUCGAAAACUGUCAUGGUGACUAUAUGAACAUGGACAAAGCUAAUGCAUUAUGUUAUGACAGUAUCCAAAAAUACAAUGAUUGCACAAGAGGAAUAGAUUUCAGAAAUAUUUUGGACCCAUUAUGUGAUCAUAGCGAUUUGAAGCCGUAUUGUGUGGAAUACAAUGAUAAGUUCAUUGAGGCUUGGGCAAAUAACAAGGAUGUGCAACAAGCUCUUAAUGUCCGUGAGGGAACGAUUGGAAAAUGGGAGCUGGUCAACAUCACCUUGCAUUACAUUGAAGGCAAAAAUGACACCUUGUGUUAUUCUUAUAACAUCUUUAGUAGCUUUGCCUACCAUAAGAAACUUGUUGAUAAAAAUUGUCGAGCUCUCAUCAUGAGUGGUGAUCAUGACAUGACAUUUCCGUAUAAUGGAGUAUUGAAAUGGAUAUAUGCUCUUAAUCUUGGAAAAGAUAGCUCAUGGGGACCAUAUUACGUCGACGAUCAAGUUGCAGGAUAUGAAAUGAGAUACGCAAAAAACAAUUUCUCCUUAACAUAUGCUACAGUCAAAGGAUGCGGCCACUCAGUAGGACUGUAUAAGCCGAAAGAAGUAAUGACAUUAGUAGAGAAAUGGCUUGCUCCAAAAAUAUAUACAAGCGCCAUUAUUUAAAUUAAUGAUUAAUUUAUGGAAUCUAUAAAUACUUGCCAAUUCUCAUUUUUAUAUACGACCGAUUAAUAUCUGGUCUUAUGUUAAGCGAAAAUAAGGAUUAUAUGUAACCAUUUUAUUUGAAAGGCUUAUUUUUGCCCGUCGUGGGUGUGGACUCA